GAAGAAGAAGAAGAAGAAGAAGAAGAAGAAGAAGAAGAAGAAGAAGAAGAAGAAAGUCAGCCGCCGCCAUUAUUCGAUUGAAAGCGUAGGCAUGAGUUGCAUCUAACGUAUUUGGCAAAUAUUGGAUACGUGAACACUUUUGGCCUUUGUUUACACGUGCCCGAUAUUGUGUUAGCUAGGUAGCUUUAUCUUCCGACAGAAAACGCACAUCAAGUCACAGCUAAACUAGCUCACUGAUGCUAGCUCGCUAGGUUAAUCGGUAGCGAACCAGCUAACACUCACCAUUUAUUUAACUUGGCGUUGUUGGAAGCUAAACCUCACAGAGGAAGCUAGCGUGCCAAUAACUUUGAACAUUUCGGUUAAUAAGAAUUGAUGUUUGUCGACAAAAAAAACAAUACACUGGAAGUUAACGAAAUAAGAACCGCUUACUAACUGUUGCGAAGCAAGUGCGCUUUAAGGGAAUGUAGCUUUUGGUUAGUUCGCUAGCUAACGUUAGCUAUUGGGGCGCAUUACGGAUCUCCUUGCCUGUCAUCGCAAGCGGUAGAUACGUGAGUGGACUGCUAUCAGGAAGACGCCUUGGAAGGAGUGGCUAUUUGACUGCUUUCAUGCGGCGGAACUGACAAAAUUCUUCUAAUCAACAAGCGAAGUGUAUAAGAGCCUUGGGGUAAGAACGGUGAGAAGUGGAGAACAGUUGCAAGUAAGAGAGAGGGCAAGGGCUACGGAAUCCCACCAGACGCCAUGUCAGAAGGAGAAGGGAAACCAGCCCUGUCCUCAGCCCCAGAGGCCAAGCCAGAGACUGUGACCUUGGCCUCCAUUGCCCAGAGCGUGUCUUCAGCUUCCCCACCUGUUUCGGCUGUGGCUCAGGGGCCUCCGGCCACUGCCACGGAGGACGAGGAGGAAGAGAGCGAGGAUGAAUCGGAGAUACUGGAGGAGAGCCCAUGUGGACGUUGGCAGAAACGGAGGGAGGAGGUAAACCAGCGCAAUGUGCCCGGAAUUGACAGUGCCUACUUAGCCAUGGACACAGAGGAGGGUGUGGAGGUGGUAUGGAAUGAGGUCAUGUUCUCUGAGAGGAAGAAUUUCAAGCUACAAGAGGAAAAAGUCAAAGCAGUUUUUGACAACUUGAUCCAGUUGGAGCAUCUCAAUAUUGUGAAGUUUCACAAAUACUGGGCAGAUGUGAAAGAAAACCGAGCACGGGUUAUUUUUAUCACAGAGUACAUGUCUUCUGGAAGCUUGAAACAGUUUUUGAAAAAGACUAAGAAAAAUCACAAAACAAUGAAUGAAAAGGCAUGGAAGCGCUGGUGCACUCAGAUCCUGUCAGCUCUCAGCUAUCUUCACUCGUGUGAUCCGCCAAUCAUUCAUGGGAACCUAACCUGUGACACCAUCUUUAUCCAGCACAAUGGGCUGAUCAAAAUUGGCUCAGUGGCCCCGGACACCAUUAACAACCACGUCAAAACCUGUCGGGAAGAGCAGAAGAACCUGCACUUUUUUGCACCGGAAUACGGAGCUGUAGCAGAUGUCACUACAGCGGUUGAUAUUUAUUCCUUCGGAAUGUGCGCCCUAGAGAUGGCUGUGCUGGAAAUCCAAAGCAAUGGAGAGUCUUCAUAUGUAUCACAGGAAGCCAUUAACAGUGCCAUUCAGUCCCUGGAGGACCCGCUUCAGAGAGAAUUCAUACAGAAGUGUCUGGAGGCAGACCCUUGUAAGCGGCCCACAGCAAAGGAGCUGCUGUUUCAUCAGGCUCUGUUUGAAGUGCCGCUGCUCAAGCUGUUGGCUGCCCACUGCAUUGUCAGUCAUCAGCAUAUGAUUCCUGAAAAUGCUUUAGAAGAAAUUACCAAGAACAUGGAUCCACACCUUGUAAUUGUUGAAAGCAAGGAAGGGGUUCAGCUGAAGCUUUCCCAGUUUCCUGCUCUUGAAUUGGAUAAGUUCCUGGAGGAUGUGAGGAAUGGGAUCUAUCCACUCACGGCAUUUGGGAUGCCAUGCCCACAGCAACCCCAGCAGGAGGCUGUGAAGUCACCCAUUGUACCACCUUCUGUCAAAACCCCAACACCUGAGCCUGCAGAGCUGGAGACCAGGAAGGUCCUUCAAAUGCAGUGCAAUAUCGAGCCAGUUGAAGAAGGGGCAAAACAUCAUCUUACCUUAUUGCUGAAACUAGAAGACAAGCUGAACAGACAUCUAAGCUGUGAUUUGUUACCAAAUGAAAAUGUGCAGGAACUGGCCGUGGAGUUGGUUCAGCUGGGAUUUAUCAGUGAGGGGGAUCAGAUGCGACUGGCUUCAGUUCUAGAAGAGGCCUUCACAAAGUUCUACAGCCGCAACGGUUCUCUCAACCCAGUCACCGUGUCAUCCUAGCAGAACAGCAUCCAACCCCACCCUAAUACUAGGCAGGUCCCUCUGCCAUUCCCUCAUGUCUCUGGGCAUGGCAUUGCAGAGGAUGUUGGGAUAGGUUAAGCAGCAAUGUGGUGCAGAAACCUGGACCUGCUCCCAGCCCAUCAUCUUCUGUCCUCCUGAAGGAGUUGGGGUGACCUACCUCCAGCUUUUUAUACUUCUCAGUGUAGACAUCCACUUCUGUUUUCAGGAAAACCAACAACAACAAAAAAUGCUUCUAAUUAAUAUCAGUAUUACCAGCUCUAUUUAAAAGUUGUUUUCUGAUCUCUGAGGUGGAUUAGUUGCUGUUCAUGAUCACACCCUUUUUCUUGUGCCCAACAAUAGGCAUGGUAUCUCCACUGAAUUCUCUUCACGCCAUCAAAGUUCUUCUUUCAGCUUUGUGCUACCCCCACCCCUGCGCAUAGUUUUCAGUUAUCACUGCCCUCAUUCUUGUUAAUCUGUUCCCUUUUGAAAAAACAUAAAGAUGAAAAUAUUAUAAAGGUGUCCUCUUUUUUAAUCUAUUAUGUUUUGUAUAAAUAAAGAGUUUACUGUGGUCUUAACCACAUACCCAGUGUGUCUGAGCCAAGAUGGGAAAAUCGGAGAUAAGCACAGGUUGAGUGAAGAAAUGAAUCUUCUUUUAAGUCUCAGUUUUGUAGUUAUUCCACAUCUGAUGGCUAGAGGGUUUUCUUUUUCUCUGAAUUUAGGUUUUUAAAUGCUGAACAGUUUAUGAUUCACCAAAAUUUUCUGGGGAAAAAAUACUUGCAUUGGCCUUGAUUGUUCAAUGUGUUCAUCCUGUACCGAAUAUAUAAGAAUUGUUCAGUUAAAUACCUCAACACUUUUUAAGUAUGUUUGUGUGGCAUCUUGUUCUUACAUUUCUUUGAGGGGCUACCUGUUAAACAUUUUUUGAGCAUUUUACAUUUUUCAAUUGACCGGUUUGUAGCAUACAUAAGUGUUUAAAAUAACAUCUCCAUGAUGGCCAAAUUCUGGCUGUACCAUGAUUUGUAAUGUGCUUGAAAUUGGAUAUAUUCUCUUCAAAGAUGCUGGUGGAGGAAAGUUGUUUUUUUCCCCCAGGAACAACAGUGAAGGUGUGCAUUCCAAAGAAAAAUCAGCCACAGUAACCUGCCUUAUGGUUAUUUAAUGAAAAAAAAAAAAAAAAAAAAAAUAUAUAUAUAUAUAUAUAUAUAUAUAUAUAUAUAUAUUUUUUUUUUUUUAAAGCACAUUAUCUAACUUACUGCUGGGCCGUUCCACACCAACUCAAGGAAGUUUGUGCUACAGUCUGUGUUGGUAGAUAUUUAUGAGACAUAAAAUUCCUGAGAAACUUGAGCACCAUUUUGUUUUCUCAGUAGAUCUAAAUUUUGCCGGGUGUAGCAAUGAGCAAUGAAAAAUGUCAUCACAAAAUGGGAUGAUCAAUUUCUUUGUUAAUAAAAUUCCUAAAUCUUUGUGAAUUUGUAUGUAGGGAUAUUAUUGUAUCAAUAAUCCAUAUCUCACUUCAGAAAACAUGCAUCUACUUUGUUUUUGGAGAUAUUUGUCCCUAAAAAUUCACCAGAGACCAAUUGUGUAAACAUUAACAUACUUUUAGUGUAAUUUCAUUUGUAAAUGCCUUUUAAACAGGGUUUAAUCUAUUACGCAUACAUCCUUGAUUAUCUUUAAAAAAUGAUCUGUUUGUUGUUUUUCAUGUCAUUUGGUAAUACUGCAUGAAAAUCUUCAGGGGAUUUAUUGAAAUAAACUUUCGUCAUAAAACAUUCAUGUAUUUUAUUUUAUUGUCCUUCAUUCUAUACCCAUUUAUUUCUCGUAUUUUAGUUGAUUGUAAAGCACUCUGUGUUGUUCUCAGGUGUAUGAAAUAAGCUUAUUUCAUACACCUUAGUGCAACAGAGUGCUUUAUACUAAAUUAAAAAACAAGAUAAAUGGGUACACAAUGAGUACGUAAAAUGCAAACUUAUUUUAUUAUAUAUUUGUAGUAUAUAUACAAUAUCUAAUAUACAUCGAUACAUAUUUCUACAUUCAUGACACAUUUAAACAUUUUUACCAAUAGAAUAAUUGGUUUUGUCAUUAGUUUUUUUGUAAUAUCUGUGAAGUAGAAAGUUGAUCACGGAUUUAUGCAGUAAUAGAGUACACCCCCAUUUAAAAAGUGGAAUAGUCCUCAGUGACAAUACUAGUAAUGGUAAACAGACUCCUCCAUUUCAGAUUAUAGGGGUGUUACAGGUAUGUAAAGAUGUAUGAAGUUGGAAGUGUUGAAUAAACGGAACACACGGAGUACCAUAGCUAAUUUUUUUCUCAAAGUUCAUUAAGGUUGUACCUUUAACAUGUCCGAAUUAGACAGUAGGGUGAAAUGUGAGAGUUGCUGUGAUGCAACCUCCUGGAGUUGGCAUGGAAUUGACCUGCUUUUACCAACUUACUGUAAGAGUAACCCUAACUUACUGUGAGCUAUGAUGACACCCACUUGACUCUACUUGUGUUUCUCUCUGAUGGAAGGUCCCAGUUGCUGCUAAUUACUAUCGUAUUUCCCUCUUAGUACUUUUCUCUUCAAGAGGCACUUAUUAAGUUAGGUCUGCCAGAAGGUGGAUUUGAAGGAUACUGUGGAUGGGACAUGUCUUGUGUUCACCUUGCUUGUCCAGCUGGAUGAUGUGUCGAUUGGUCAAUGGUUGUGAUUCACCAGGCUUACCUUGUAACUUUCUGCAGCAUUCUUUUUUUUUUUUUUUUGUAUCCUGUCUUGAAGUAAAUACUGUACUGCAGCUUUCAACAGCCAUUUUUGUGUUUAUUUCAUAUCUGAAAUUAUAUUCAAGUACAUGUAAAUCACCUGCUUGCUUCUAGGUUGGUGUGCCAGGCCUGGUACAUUAUUUUGAAGAACUAUGAUAAUUGUUUUACCAAAAAUUGAGGUAGAUGGAUCCCGGCAUCCCUCCUAACUUCAGCUUGGUCAGGGGCUGUCAUAUUAGCUUGCUCUCUGACAUUAGCUAGCGAUGCAGUUAUUUCAGUGGUAGUGAGAAAUGCAAAAAUGAAUAAUGAAUAAUUUGCCUCAGUCAAGUGCCCUUGACUCUUGCCUCAGGUGAGAUUAGUUUUUUAAAACUCAAAAUGCCACCAAUAAAUCCUGCCUCAAAAAAAGUUGUGUGAAUCUACAGGCUUAAAAUAAUUGCCUCUUCUAAUUACCAACUGCAUGCUAGUGAAAGGCUACCCAUAUAAAUACUAAAAUAUUUGUUCUCUUUGUAAAGCACUGCUUCUCAAAGCCUAAGCUAUCAAUUGAUAGCCCUAUCACUCUUAACUGUUUCAAUGACAAAUUGUCAGCAGAUGGAGGGCUAUAUCAUGACAAGAGCCUUGCACAAAAGCUGCAGAAUUUUAGUCAUCUUAAACAGUGCAAUUUCCUUCUGAACAAUUUUUUGUCGGUCUAUUUCCACACUGUUCGUCUGGACAUGGGAGCUUCAUGGCUUGCUGAAGUUGUGCCUUUAGAUUUUUGAACACAUUGGCUGCUGGUUCUUGUUCCGUCUCUUCAUCAACAGAGUUGCUUUAAGAAGCCCUUGCCCCCAGCAUAAUCCUUGAUGGCUUGGUCUGUGGGAUAUGCUGUGUUGACCAGGUUGUGUAAGAUACCCAUGUAAUAAAAUGAACAAAUAAUUUGU